CAUCAUCAUCAUCAGUGCUGAGUGAACGACACGACACACAGACACUCAGAUACUGAACUGAAUGGCUCUUUCAUAGCUAUUUAUUGUUGUUUUUGUUUAUAUAUAUAUAUAUUGCUACUGUAUUUCUGCUAGAGUAGAGCUCAGCUGAUUUCAUAUUUGUGGAUUCCUGAUUUCUCAAAUGGAUUUUCCUCCAGAGAUCAGUGUUUUUAUUCUGUCUCUGACAGCACCUUUCAUUCUCUACACAAUCAACCAAGUGUCCUUCCUACAAGAUCCUCAGGUUAUACUGGCAAUAGGGAUAACGGUUCUUACAACCAUAUUUCUCCUGGCAAACCUCAGCGUUAAGAGUCAAAAAUCCACCGACCCUCUCUUCUACGUGUUUGCUGUGUUUUCCUUCACCUCUGUUAUCAGCAUCACCAAUGCACUGCAGCACACCGGAUUUAUCAAGGGCUUCAUGGACUUUUAUAUAAGCAAGGGGGAGCCGUACCUGAGCACAGCACACUGCAUCAUGAUGAGCUUCUGGGACGGAGUCCUUCACUACGCUCUGCUCCUCGUCAUGGUCCACCGCAUGACUGCAGGCAAGCCGUUUCGCAGUUUGGCUCUCUUAUGGGCCGGAUCCAUGACUGCCAGUCAGAUCGUCUUAAUCUCAGGCGUUGUAGUCGGUAAAUAUGGAAAAAACAUUAUCCCCGCUUUCUGGAGAAACGCCCCUUCUCUGGUUUUAACCAUGUGGGCGGCGGCAAAGCUCUUCAACAGGCCGAGAGAGCUGUCAAUCAUUCCUGCAGACAAGGUGGAGGCGGAGCAGAAGAAAGCGCUGCUGUUUCGUCCCACAGAUCUGCUGCUUACGCUGGGCCUCAUAGGAAGCAUCAUCUUCACUGCGUUCAGAGGCUUUGUUGCUCUCGAAUGUUCUCUGGAUUUCUGUUUUACUUAUAUCUUCCAGUACGAGCCGUACAUGAAAGACAGCGUUGGCUUUCCAAAAGUCACGAUGCUGGUGUUCCUCUUCUAUGUUUUGCCGAUCCUGACGGCGUGUGUUUAUGGGCUUCACACUCCUGGAUGCACAUGGAUGUUGGACUGGACUCUGGUUCUCGCAGGAGCUGUAGCUCAGAUGCAGUGGACUCACCUGGGCUCAUCUGUUCACCCGCGCACACCCUUCACCUACAGGAUCCCCAGAGACGAGUGGAGGCAGGUGGUCACGCUGAACCUGCUGUACACAGCCGUGCCCGUCCUCCUCGCCGUCCGCUGCUACAUGGACCAGACCUUCUUCAUGAGGAGCGUUCCUCAGGAGCAGGCCAGCAACGGCAAGAAGAAGAACUAAAACAUGCUCAUGCAUGCCUCCUCUUACUGGACAGUGAAGCGUUUCAGAAGAGAGACUCUGUUAAAACGUGCAGGGAUUAUGUGUAAAAGCAUCAGUGUAUCUGUAUCUGCUAAUAUUAGUGAUUUUGAAAUGUUCAGCGAAGCCAAACAGAAGUUCUGAGACGUUCCCAUCGAGUUCAAACGUUCAAAACGUAACAGUUAGAAAUGUUGCGUUAAUGGAACAUUCCGUUGUAUCACUUUGCAACAUAAAGGAAAUGUUACUUUUGAAUGCUCUGUGAACAUUCUAAAUCAAGAAGUAACAUUUAAAAAACGUUACACACUACAACGUUCCAUUAACGAUGCAUAACUAAAGUUUGUCUGCUGUAACAUUGUUAAUUUUGUAAAUUUGUAACAUUUUAUUGAUGUUACUUACAGUUUUUUUUUUCAUAACUUUUCAGAACCUUCUGAGAACAUUCCCUGUUAUUAUAAGCAGAUUCAAGUAUUUGGGCAUAUUUUAAAUUCUUUUUCUAUACUAGGUUAUAAAAUAUUUCAGUCAUGACAGUCAUGCAUUUUGUUAUUGUCAGUAUCAGUGUGAUUCAAAUAAUAUUAGACAGAUGGCGGGUUGUAUUUAUUUUAUUAUAAGCAUGCCACUGUUUGUGAACACAUGAAAUGGCGAGACAGUAUGGAUUUGAUAUAUUAAUAUUGACCAUGACAAAAUAACUGUUGGUUUAUUGGUAUCGACGAAAAUGUGAGUGAUCCGUUUUUCUUUUUCUCAUGUGUUCAAGUGUUCAAACUAAUGAUCUCAGCCAGCUUUAUCUCUGGUCAGUUGGUGAAAUCUCAAUAAACAUGGACUCUGGACUAGUUUA